AUGGCCGCUCCGUCGUCUUCGAUACAAGCGACGGUCGGGAACGAGUCCCAUCACGAAGGCAUCGCGCUGUCCAAGUACACCGAGUUGGAGCACAGUUUGUUUGAGCCGACCAAGGACGAUCACGUGGUGGUGAGCACGCAGUCGUGCUUCCUGCCUCUCACGGACACAGGGGACGUCGACUUUUACGUGGGGCUGUUCAACUAUCAGUCGACACACCCGGCGGUGCUCGUGCCGACCGACGCCGGAACGAGGUCCACCACCCAUUUCCACCCUCUUGCGAUUCAAGAAUUGGCUGGACGUGCCCAAGUCGUUUGUGGGACUCGGCGCGGCGACAUGUUGUACUUUAAUGACCACGGGACCAAGCGAACGUUCCAGGCGACGUGGCUGAGCACCGACCGCAGUCGCCGUGGCGUCGAGGACAUUGGCGCCAUGACGGCAGGCGAAGAAGCGAGGAACUACAUCAUGGAGGAACUACAUCAUGGCCGUGCAGAUCCCGUUGGUCGUGCCCCCGCGUCAAUCACCGCCGCAAGCACCUUCACCAGCCGCUGUUUGCGACCGCAGGAGGCUCUGGCUUGGGCUUUCGACCGGCGCCCUUCAAUCGCGGCCACACAGAGCGUCGCGACGCUGUCCCGAAAUACCCAGACCAAGGCAUGGGCAAAAGCGUGUGGCCUCGAUAUUGUCAACGUGUCGUGGGAAAACUGCGCUCGCACCAAAAACAGUUGCUGGGGGCCAUGCAUCUCGGACAUGACCCUCGUCGUCGGCAGCGCGUGGAUGUCGGUGCUUCGUGCGCCCAACUUUUCCGCGACGGUCGGGAACGAGUCCCAUCACGAAGGCAUCGCGCUGUCCAAG